AUGGAUAUUAAUAAUAAGACACCACUUCUUGUCUUCCUGAUUGUCUCCACACACUGUGUGUCAGGACUGGGCGUGCCUCAGCCUGAGAAUCUGGUUGUGAAAAUUUUGGAUGGGGAGGUGAUAGCGCACUGGAGACAUCCUGCGGACGCCCCGUCAGACUCCCAGUACAACAUACAGAUGGCAAAGUACAGCGGUGAAUGGGCCGCGAUGGCCGGCUGCACCGGGAUCAAUACGACCUACUGUGACCUUACCAGCCUUGUCCAUGACUAUCGCUCUGGGUACAAGGUCAAAGUUCAGCUGGUUUCAGGAGAUGCCGCGUCCGUGUGGACACUCAAGAAAUUCCUCCCAAACACAAGUGAAUUACAGCCUCCGUCAUUCAAUUUGUGGGCGACUUCCAGCACUCUGACCGUUUAUGUUCAUGAAAAACCCAUUCUGAAAAAAAUAUUUCCUUAUGGGCUCAUCUACACCAUAAACCUGGAGGAGACAGGACAGCAUGAAAAGAACACGACGGCGUACCUGAGAGACGACGUGGGGGAGGAUCGGAGAACCAAGUCUUUCGCUUCUCUCGGCUGGGGGCGAGAGUACUGCGUCAGCAUCCGGGUCGAGGGCCUCGGAGCGCCGACCGCCAGCAGCGUGUCCCCGAGACAGUGUCUGCUGCUCCCAGAGCAAGAGUGGUUCCUCAUUGCCGUGUCAUCCUUAGCUGUUCUGGGUGUGCUGGUCAGCGUUGCCAUCGUGGCAACCGUCCUCCUGUGUUACCUGAGGCGUCCAGAAAACAAGCCUGCUGCAUUGAAAUCGACUGCAAGUGGCUGGCUCCCACUCUCUGUAGGAGAAGGGCCGAUGGAGGUGGUGACAGACAGAGGAUGGUUCCUGUCCAGCGACAAAAAGAAAGCGAAAAGCCGCGUCAAAGAUCAAGUGGCGCGCGACGACCCGGUAACCGAGGACGACCGAGAGGAGGACAGGAGGACCAGCACGGACAGCGGCUUGGGCAUCGAGUCCAAUUCUGCUCCGACCGGCCCAGGAAGCCCUCCAAUGAGACACGAGGACAGCGACUGUGGGAGCCUGGGAGAAGAAGAUACCGACACCGACAGAGGGGCGGGGCUCCAUUCUUCUUCCGUGAAUCGGGAAGCUCAAGACGGCGGAUCUCUAUUGGUUGCCAGGGUUAAUUAUCGCAGCCACGCCCCCUCAUCCUCCUCCGUGAGGAUUGAAGUCUGCGACGAUGAUGAGGAGGAGCGGUACAACGGAUGCUUCCCAGAAGUGUUCGUGGGAUACAGGGCGGGGCUUCAGUUCUGCAUUUGCUCGGGAGCAGGACGGUGCACGUGGUGCCACGAGCGAGGCCACCACGAAGUGGAAAGCGUAAAACAAUACAGAGCUUUGCCUGUCGAGAACGGACGACUGAGCGGCUCGUGUGAUUUUGUGGACUCUCUCAAAGGGCCGAUGACAUUUUCAAGUUAUUCUAAAAGGACACAAAUGGACACCGUCGUGGUGGAUGACUCGGAAACCACUUUUUUACAUUUGGCGGAGACGUUCCCUCUGCUCACCGCUCUAUCGCCGCCGCCCCUAGUGGACGGAGGGCGGGACUUCAACACGAACCAGCCGACUCUUUCUCUCUGCGACGUACAGCUGAAGACCGACUGACGCCACUCUCAUAUUGGAUCAUUUUAUUCGUCCGUCGUGAAGCAAUCAUUACCGUCGCAUUGAAAAUGCGGAAGGUUAUGUUUUGAUCGCCGUGUAUUUAUUUAUUUAUUUGUAUGCGUGUUACUCGCAUAACUCAAAAAGUAUUAAACCGAAUCGCAUGAAAUUUGGUGGGAUGAUUGGUUAUUAUCCAGGGACUAUUUGAUUAGAUUUUGGGAUCGAUCGGGUCAAAGGUCAAGGUCAUGGUCAUGGAAAGGUCAAAAUCUUCUUUUUAUCCAAUUGGCAUGCAACUAAUGCCAACAUUUUCAUAAUUCAAUGCCCAAUCUUGUGAUAUGCGAAGGCAUGCGCUCUUCCGAGUGCCCGUUCUAGUUUCAAAUGAAUAACUCGAGUCAUGACAUAGAAGCAUGAGUCAGCAUUUUGUAGAGGAAUUGCUCCAGAAUGAACAUUUGAGGAGAGAAGAGGAAACCUGUGAAGAGCCACAGGCUGGUUGGUGAACACAGGAAGGAAACCCGGCUGGCAGCAGUCGGUUGGAGUCUCAGGAGCGUAGAUGGAGAACAUGAGGUCAAACGCUGUGUUCACGCUCUGGGUAUAUUCAGAACUGACUUCACUGCUGGGUGCGGGAAGUGAAACUGGCAUGGCGUGAGAAACAGUUUCACGGUCACAUGCUCGCGGGCAUUUUUGUGACUUCUCUUUUCUCUCACCUACGGCAAACAACGUCUGUAACCGUGCUUAUUUAUUUUAUUUUCUCACCUCUUGGACAAAGUAAAAAAAUACGUGUUAGCCUUUUUUUUUUUACGUCGUGCAAACAUUUCUUUCGUUAUAUUCACAUGUUGUGAAAUCAGUGACAUUCAUAUGCCUUUUAGCCUAAAUAACACAUCUCUACCUCCUUUUUAAAUAUUUUUUUUAUUGGUUAUUACCUUCGCAUUGAAAAUGCGGAAGGUUAUGUUUUGAUCGCCGUGUAUUUAUUUAUUUAUUUAUUUGUAUGCGUGUUUAUUCGCAUAACAAAAAAAGUUUUAAACCGAAUCGCAUGAAAUUUGGUGGGAUGAUUGGUUAUUAUCCGGGGACCAUUUGAUUAGAUUUUGGGAUCAAUCGGGUCAAAGGUCAAGGCCAAGGUCAUGAAAAGGUCAACAUCUUUUUACCAUCAAUUUUUAUCCAAUUGGCAUGCAACUAAUGCCAAAAUGUUCAUAAUUCUAUGCCCAAUCUUGUGAUAUGCGAAGGUAUGCGCUCUACCGAGUGCCCAUUCUAGUUCAUUGUGGAUUAAUGUGUUUGUCAUUAAAAGAAACUGUCUCAGGAAUAUUCUGCAAAUGUUCUACAUUCACACAAAAAACAUUACGAUGUGUUGAUUUCAGAAACCACGACUGGAGGAAACCCAGAAAUAACAGAGUGAUGACUCAUGGGAAAAUACGACAUGUAACGUUGCUGUACUUGGGAUCCCCAUAUGCAAAUAAUAUGUACAGGAACCACAGCGGUGCAUUCAAGUGAUAUCAGAAACAAACGACUUCCUCUUACAGGUUUCGACUCAGUUAAAAAAAAUCCUGCUUCACAUUGAAUAGAGAAAAUAUGGAAGUUUCACAUACACAACAUGUAAAUCAGUGAUGUAAUAUCUUCACUUUAUGCUGUUAGGAAAAUGGCACUUUGUAUGAAGCAUGUCAGCGGUGGGGAAAUCAUGUGACCUACUAAAAAAAUACUUGACUACAGGGGAAGUGAGGCAGCUUUUUGGUUAAAUUCUAAAUGUGAAUUUUUAAAAAUCCUUCUUCGAAGUGUAAAAAUAACUUUAGUAAUGAUCACAAAAUAUAGAUGAUAAUUCAUCGUCUGUGUUUCACCCCUCCAUGUUUGGCUGCUGUUAGGUGCCCUAUCCUGAUUGUUUAUGUGCAGUGCUACCAGUACUUCACUUGGUGUGCUACUUUGUGAUAAUUUGAUUUAAAAACAAAACUCUGAAAAUUAGAUUUUCUACAUGAUUUACAUUUUACUUUGGAGGUCUAAAUUCCACAAGAAAUGUGUAAUUACAGUUUGUAUCGGCAUGAAGGGAAAGUAUUAUAAUUAAAUUACUGUGCCAUUUUGAGACCAUAAAUUCCGAAUAAAACACGGUGUGUGUGUCGAGUGAAAAUCAGCGCAGCUGUAGAUGGUUAUUAUUUUUUUAAAUGAAUCACAUUGCAGAAAUAAAAAUGGAAAACAAAAGUU